UAAUUUCAGUAUGUUGUGUGAGAGGAAUUUCAGUAUGUUGUGUGAGAGGAAUUUCAGUAUGUUGUGUGAGAGGAAUUUCAGUAUGUUGUGUGAGAGGCAUUUCACUUGAAACGGAAGGCAUUUCACUUGAAACGGAAGGCAUUUCACUUGAAACGGAAGGCAUUUCACUUGAAACGGAAGGCAUUUCACUUGAAACGGAAGGCGUUCCAAUUAAACAGGAAACGGUUGAGAACAAACAGCGCAUUGCAAAAUACAGGCGAAACACUAUUGUUUGUUGGUUCGCUACACCGAUGUCUUCUCAACAGCCCGCAUGUAGCCUAACUGAGGCAGCAGCGUUGCUCAAUAUAUUGGCCUCAGCGGAGACCAUUAGAACGCUGUCAAGUGCAACCACAAUGGUGCAGCAACCGACCGUUCCAACUCGAGGUGAGGACACCGUGGACGGUCACCUAGCAUCGCUCUUCCCAUCCCGCAGCGGCCAGCGGCCAGCUACAGCUCCUCUUAGGAGAGAUUGUGCACCACGUAAUCAAGCACAACAUUGCUUUGGCACAUGGACAUCUGGCACGAGGAAAACAAGAGCUAGGGCACAGCAGCAUGGCCAUUUCAAUAAGGAUGUGAUACUACUCCCCAAUCCAUCUUUGGAUGUAGUGUGCAAACAACGUCCAAAAGUACGGUUACACAAACAUGGACAUAUCCUCAGUGCCUUUGAGUUCCAGAAGGCCUGGGACCACCGGACUGUUAUUGAUCGUAUCAGACAAGGCUUUGGUGAGCAUAUUCCGGAGGACGUCAGCCUCCGGCUUGUAAUGUCUUGUGGCAAUAAGUUGGUGUCCCCUAAGAUCCAGGAGGGUCAGGAGCUGAAUGGGAUGCUAAUCCACAAGAUUUUUAAAACCAAAGCCCUGUAUGUAAGACCAUCAAGGACCCUUUUAACUGACUCAGAGGAGGAAAGUGAACUUUCUGCCACUGACAGAUCAACUGCUAAGGACAGUGAUGAGGAUUGUUGUGAAAUCCUGCAAAUCCCUGCAGGCAUGAGCAGCUGUGUCACCACCAGGGCAGCCUCAAGAGCAAUGAGAAAUAAUGAUCCCUGUACUGGCAAUAUUGAUGGUGAACGCAAUCCUGGCACUGGCACUGGUAUUGACGAUGAUUAUAAUGAUGAUGCCACCAACCACCCAGCUACCAGUGCUGUUAAAAGGAGUAGAUUAGUAGUGGAAGGAGUGGAUGGCGGCCCUGGCACAAGCAGUCAAGAUGGAGGCUGGCUUCCAAGGAGUGAUGGCAACCAUGGGACUAGCGGCCAUGAUGACUACUCAUCAUAUUUAGCACUUGUGUCAACUCUUCCUGACGACUCCUCAGAUGACGAGGAAUUAAACAAGGCCAUUAUUGCCAGUAUGGAGUGUCCAAUUGCAGAAAAGGUCCCGAGUCAGGAGAUACUGCUGGAACUGUCAAGCAAAAUUAUUACAAAACGACAGUGCAGGUUCAAUAUAAAUCGCUCUGCUGUCUGGGAAGGAGCCAUGCGGGGUUUCCAAAGGGUAUCCUACGACCCAAACUUGAUGAUUUCUGUGAAGUUCUCAGAUGACAUGGGGAGAAAUGAGGAAGGGAUUGAUUUAGGAGGGCCAAGGAGGGAAUUCUUGAGGCUGCUGAUGGAGACCAUUGCCAGAUCCGCCAUGUUUGAGGGAAAAGAAAACAGCAAGAACUUUGCUCUUGACAGUACUGCUCUAAGAGAGGACCGGUACUACAACGCUGGCAGAGCCAUUGCAGUGAGUUUGGUGCAUGGUGGUCCACCACCAAACUUCCUGUCACCAACAGUGUUUUCGCUUCUUGUUGAUGGUUCAGCAAAUCCAGCUGUAGAAGACAUAGCUGACCCAGAACUCCUUGAGAAAGUCAAAAAGAUUCUGUGAAGGUCUGAAGACUCUUGGGGUUCUUGAAAAAAUCAGGAGACAUCCUGACAGCUUUAAGCCCCUGUUUUGCUAUGAAGCAAGUCUUCUCACUGCUGACCAGAUGGACAAUCUCUUCAGCAUUCCACUCUCUCCAGAAGGGAGCAACAAGAGAACUGCAGAAGAGAUGGUUGUAAUCUUCUGGAGAGACUAUCUCCAGGAUGCAGAAGAAGAAGAAGGGCCAUCCAAACUACAAAAAAUAUUGGCCUUCGCAACAGGAGCCUCUGUGGUGCCACCCAUCGGCUUUUCCCCAACACCUUCUGUGGAGUUCAUUCACAAGGGAGAGGACGACUAUGCCUCGACACCAUUGUUCCCUAUGGCCAACACAUGUGUCAACUGCAUCAGGUUGCCGCUACAUGUGUCAUAUGAACUCUUUAAAGACAAGUUUGACUUUGCUUUAGGGAACACUCAUGGGUUUGGCAGGUCAUGAAUAUGCAGUGGUGGAAAUCAGUUUUGAACGUGUCAACAUUUCUUUCGUUAAAUAUUUUAAUAUUUUUCUGAUGCAGCUAUUCAUUUGAAAUGUAUACCACAUAUUGGAAUUGACUCAAUAAAAGUCAAUAAGUAAAGCUACACAGGUAAAGACAUUUACAUGUGUGUUUAAUACUUUUUCCUGUGUUAUUUCACUUUGUUAAACACUUUUUAUGGAAUGGAAUGUUACGUUUCCUUUACCUGUGUAGUUUUAUUAAGUCAAUACCAAUAUAUGGUUCAUAUUUAUUUCACAUUUAUUUCAUUUCAUUUAUUUCAUUUCAUAUUUCGUUCAUAAUAUUGCUGUUGCAGUAAAGUUUGCAAUCUUUAAAGUCUCAGUCUCUGCUUGUCUCGCAGUAUGUCUUUUUGAGAAAAACACUUUGAACAAAUGCUUCUUAUAGUUUUGAAAAAAUGUUUAUUAGGUUCAUUUAGUGUUGGGAAACAGCUUAUUUACAAAAUAACUCCUAUGUGGACUGAAUAUACUGCAAGAGUGACAAAAAUAAAU